GAGACGGACCAGAGCCGAGCCGAAGGAGCCAAGCCACGCCGAGAGAGAGAGAGAGAGAGAGAGAGAGCAGCUCAUCUACCCAGAAGAACGCGUGCAAACGAACGCCUCGCAUCCUUCACCUCUCUCUCUCUCUCUCUCUCUCUCUCUCUCUCGCUCGCUCGUCUGCAACGUUUUUCCUCUCGAGGGGGGCCCUGAUUUCGGUCCCCCUUCAUUUAUCCCCUUCCCCUGGUUUUUGUUCAAUCCAAUUCCUCUGUCUAUUUAUUGAGGAAUAGUAGCAAGCAUACCAUUCAUCACUCCUUGACUCGCGAGGUAGUUGGGGGGAAUUCUUUUACGUGUUGCUGGGUUUGCCGAUGAUGCAGAUUUUACUGGACUUUCAGUGCCUUGUAAUGUUCUUUAAGUGGGUGAUGCGGGUGUCGGUGGUUUGCGAUUGUGGUAGACACUAAUGUGAAAAAGUAUACUCUUGAGAUGGGAGGGAAUCUAUUUUAUUAGGUGGUUCGUUGUGAUCUGCCAUCUUCUCUGAUGCUAGUCUUGAAGUCCCUUUCUAAGAGAUCGUGGUGUAGCUUAAGCUUAUCACGAGCAUUUAAUUCGCUGACAGUUUUAAAAUUUCGCCCAACUAUGUCGAGCUUGGAGGAGCCCCUUGGUUUUGAGAAGUUGCCCAACUUAAAGAAUGUUAGUAGGAUGCAAGUCUUCUCUAGUUCUUGCAGGCCAAGGGUUGAUGAAGAAGAACUUGGAAAUUGCUUAGCUGAAGGGAGGAACUGCAGUUCUUCUAACAGUUACAAUGAUGAAAUGUAUACCAGAGAGACAUACCCAUGUAGGAAACAGACAAGAGAUGUCUUCAGAAGAGACGUGUUGGAUCGUGCAUCAUUUCUUCCUAGGAGAAGUCAGAUGAAUUCCAAUAGUGUCUGUGGUUUAUUGUUUCUUGGCAAGCGUAGGUACAAUUCACAAAGUGGUGAAAGGGGUAUAAGAGGUCUUACGGAUAAGUGUCUUGGGGAAGCGCCUCAUUUUGUAAAGAUUGUGGAGGUUGGGCCAAGGGAUGGAUUGCAAAAUGAGAAGGAUAUUGUCCCUACAGAUGUAAAGAUUGAACUAAUCCACAAACUUGUUUCUUCUGGGUUGCCAGUUGUUGAAGCUACAAGCUUUGUCUCACCAAAAUGGGUACCACAGCUGGCAGAUGCCAAGGAUGUAAUGAACGCUGUUAAAGACAUCAAGGGAGUGCAACUGCCUGUUCUUACACCAAAUAUGAAAGGUUUUGAGGCUGCCAUUGCAGCUGGUGCAAAGGAAGUUGCCAUUUUUGCAUCAGCAUCUGAAUCAUUUUCCAAGUCAAAUAUUAAUUGCAGCAUUGAGGAGAGCCUGUCUCGAUAUCGUGAGGUUGCUUCUGCUGCAAGAAGACUCUCAGUUCCUAUCAGAGGAUAUGUAUCUUGUGUGGUUGGGUGCCCUGUUCAAGGGUAUGUCCCUCCUUCAAAUGUAGCAUAUGUUGCAAAGGAGCUUUAUGAUAUGGGCUGCUUUGAGAUCUCUCUUGGUGAUACUGUCGGUGUUGGUACUCCUGGUACUGUAAUUCCAAUGUUGGAAGCUGUGAUGGCUGUUGUUCCGGCAGAAAAACUUGCCGUCCAUUUCCAUGAUACCUAUGGUCAAUCACUCUCUAAUAUCCUGGUGUCUCUCCAGAUGGGAAUCAGCACUGUGGAUUCAUCUGUUGCUGGGCUUGGGGGUUGCCCAUAUGCUAAGGGCGCUUCUGGUAAUGUGGCUACUGAAGACGUUGUAUAUCUGUUGAAUGGGCUUGGGAUAAGGACUAACGUGGACUUGGGUAAGCUGAUGGCUGCUGGAGAUUUCAUCUGCAAGCACCUGGGCCGUCAAUCUGGAUCCAAGACCGCCAUUGCUUUGAGCAGGCUCACAUGCGAUGCCUCUAAGAUUUGAUGAGACAAAAUUAUUAUAUAUCGGGAUCAUAAGCAGAAAAUGAGUCUGCAUUUAAGCAUGUAAAAAAUCUAUAGGCAUAUGUAUGCCUCAUCCCUAUGCAAGUGGGGUUAGGUUAUAUGAGGACGAUGGUUAUUGAUCUUUGUGAUCAUAUUAUGUAUAACAGAUGAAUAAAUUGAACAAAAAAACUGUGAGAACAUUUUUAAGGCUAUAAAAUUCGUAAAUGCAAUAGGGUCAAUUUCUUCGUU